CACAUGGGCUACGCGCAUGUGCUACCUACGCUGCAGCCAAGAAACGUCGUUUUCUUUCUCGCUCCGUGUGCGGCGGUGUAGAUGGAGGUACGGAUUCGUCUGAGAUUCGGCUCGACUCCCAUCCACUACGCCAAGAAAUGCUGUUUCCUGUUCCAGCGAGACGCCUGCAGGACUGUCGGCGACCUGGUCUACUUGAUCACCGCCCGAUUUGGCGUCGAGGCUCGGGGUGUUCAGCUGUUGUUGGAUGACUUUCUGCUGCCACCCAAUGAGAACAUCUCCAUUAUCAGAGACAACGACCUCAUUGAGGUAAGGACAGUUGAAGAUGACGACAACCCUAUAAUACCUUCCAAUAAAAGACCAAAGGAAAACACUGAUGUCUCUUCAAACAACAAAGCUGCAAAAAAGCGACACAAGGAACCUCCUCCGCCGGCAAAAGAACCUGCGACAUCAAGCGAAAUGUCAUCUUCGGAAGAAUCGAUGGCACUCCCCAAACCUCCCCCUCCCAGGGCACCCGCUGGUGGACCGAGAGUAGUAAAGACUGUGGAGAGGAAAUCUGCAACCGGCGGAGUCCACCUCACGUUUCACUCCUCUUCUCCCUCUUCCUCUGACUCUUCAUCUUCUUCUUCUUCGUCCUCCUCCAGUAGUAGUGAUGAAUCCGAGGCAACAAGAAGUAAAGAGCCUCUUCCAACCGAGAAGCCAAGUGCGAAAUCAGGUUCUGCCGUGUCUUCUAAGACUGCACAGGUUAAAGCCGCCACCCCAAAGCAACACCUAAGACUGCACAGAAUACAGCGGCCACUCCCAAAGGAAAGAAAUCUUCUGAAACGGAGCCUGUUUCUUCCGUGGAGAGGAACAGGCGAGACAAGAAUGGCUCGGGGAGUGGAGCUGUGAAGAACACUCCCCUGGACGCGUCUAUGUUGGGUGUGGAGGCUUCAGUACGUGAUGAUAGUCCUGGUGGGAGAGGAAGAAGAGGAAGGAUCGUGGGAGGUGAAAGAGACGUAUUGACAGUGGAAAGUGCGGUUUACAAGAGUCCCGGUGAAAGUUCUAGAGGGAGGGGGGAGAGGGGGAGAGAGGAGGAAUGGAGGAGGGAGAGGAGGAUGGGAUGUGAAAGGACAGACUACGACUGCCACUGAAACCAGAGACUUUGGAGACGAGAAAUCUGAAGCUAGUGGACCAAACGCAGCUCUAACGAAUGAGAACAGUAUAUGGGAAAAGAGUGUGGCUGGGUUUACUGAGGAACACUCUGAGGAAAUGACACCAGAAGAUGGAGCUGAGGUUGUAGACGGUGGUGACAAACCGGUGCCAGAGGUACCACCAGUGGCUAGGGAUUACUCCAGUCUGCCUGCAUUGCCUGGAGCACCACGGGUAGGGGACACCAUUGCAUUCAAGGUCUUGGAGUUGUCUUCCAAUUGUACUCCUGAGGUGUCUGACUAUAAGGAGGCCAAGGUUACUGCAUACGACUCGUCCACUUCCACUGUCACAAUGAAAUACUUGACUCCACAACACGACGAGCAAAACAACAGUCCUCCAGAAGGCUCUCUACGGAGUGAGCUACUGAGGUCUGUUGUAUUGACGGAAGAGGCCAACGAAGAAGAGGAGGUUGUCGAUGAGUCACAUGACAAUCACGUGACCUUCAGCCUAGGCUCUCUCUUGCAACUAAAACUCAUUACAUGAGUACAAUACAAUGAAAUUUUUUCAAUUGUCUAGUUGUCUCAAUCACUUCUUCUUUCCUUUCUUUUUCGAGUCCCUUGCAUUGCUAGCAGCUGCCUGUAAUGUGCAUAAGAUUGGUCGUAUCACUGCACAACAAAUUGUCAAAACAGAGCAAUAUAUUUUAACACAAGCCGGGGAAAAUACAUCUGCGUUGAAAAGCUCUGGGGCUGGUGCUGCUGCUAAUACUCAAACAGGAGUAGCAGUGUAUAUUAUGCUGAUAGGCCACCUAAAAUGCCAGGGAUGUGCCAGGGAUGUGCUCACCUCUUCUUCGACCGCCUUGAG